AUGACACCGAUAUUACAAUGGCUUACCAGCUUCCGACGCCGCGAUAACGACCAGCUUUAUCUCCACGCUCCAUUCCCUCCAUCUUCACAGUCGCGGUCUUCAACCAUGGUCAAGAAACCAAAUACAGUAACAGCUGCUGUCCAAAAAAUUCAAGUUCGAGGCAAAGCAGGUAGUGAUCAAAAUGAUGGUAACAAGCCAUGCGUCUCUUUCCAUCCGCACCAUAUCACCCCUGCAACAUUCCGCGAGCUGCUAUCACGCUACUCGUCGACGGUGGAGCAAGCGCACAGCCACAAGAUCAAGCUGAAGCUGCAGUCGAAGUCGAAGUCAGCAAAAGGAUCAAAGCGCAAGGCAGAAACAAAAGAUAGCGCGGCAUCAACCGCAAAGACAGACCUCGAUCCAUCCGAGGACAAGCAUAUCCGCGAAGAAACAAACAAGUAUCUUCAACUCGAUCAAUGGCGGUAUGAAACCCUGCCGAAGAUUAUUGCGGAGCGGAAAGAUAGUGAAUCGAGAGAUAAUGAGAAGGGAGCAUACCUGCUCAGAGAGGAAUUGAUUGAUAUCAUGGAAUGGAAGCUGAAACACGGAGUUUCUCGUCCCAUGCUCAUGGGGAUGAUCAAAAAUAACCAGGACACGACAGUCAUCAAUUCCACAUCAACGGCUUUUGCUGCCCUACCAAAUGCAGACCCCGUGCUCGCGCCGAAUGACGCGUUUCCAAAGACCAGUCUGGAUGCUCUCACUGGGCCUCUCCGUGGCGUUGGGCCAGCCACGGCAUCACUGAUUUUGUCUAUUUCUACCGUUAUCGGUGACGCAGAGAGACAAGUCCCAUUCUACAGCGAUGAUGUUUAUCUCUGGCUGUGUCUGAUGGAUUUCCCUGGACUUGGAGACCCCGAGCUCAAAGCGUCCACUGGUGAUAGUAGGGAGGGCUUCAGGGAACAGAAAGGGUCGCAAUACAAAAAGCCCAAUGGAGACUUGAUUGCCAAGUACAAUAUGAAUGAGUAUCGAGAUCUGUGGAAUGCGGUACAGGAGCUGCGGGCGCGACUGAACAAGGACAUUGGCGAGUCUGGGGAUGGACCUAUCUCUCUCAUUGACAUUGAGAGGGUCGCGUAUGUGCUUCGCAAUAUCACUUUUUCGGGUUACUAUACUGGUCAAUAUCCCGGGUUGGCUGUUGAGCCGGUGAAGUCAGUGAACAGUCCACCCAAGGUACCAGAGAACAAUGUUCGCAAGCUUGGAACAAGAAGUAGCAAGAGGCUAAAACAAUGA